AUGCAGGUUGGCAGCCCGCGAUUCACCUCAUUCGUGGAUGAACUCAGACCACCCGGGGCUGAAGGUCGUUACUAUGACCACAAUGGAACGCGGCCUAACACGGCCUACGAGUUCGGCUUGAACUACCUUACCGCUGAAGGUGUGGUGGCCAUCCCGCCGCACGGUAACGAGGAUUUCCCACGUUGUCUCUGCACAAGUCCCUCCGACGCACCAGAAACCCCGACCAACUUUGAUUGCCAUUACCUCCAUGAGAAUGACUACACUUGCGAAUGGACGCCAGGAGAGGACAAUGGCAGCCCAGUUGAGUUCUUCAAGCUCCAGUACAAGGCCUACAAUUCCUCAGAUUUGGAGACUACUAAUUGGAUCAAUCUGAAAGAGGUGCCUGGUUCAGAGAACAGGACCAACGUGACCCUGCCUAUUCGAAUACCCACCGAGGUGCGACUGAAUGCGGUUAGCACGGUGGGAGAAAGUGCGACAGUUUCGAGACUAGUCAAGCCGCCCCUCUAUUACCAUUCAGAGGCAAAGUGGAAAGCCACCGACGUGUUCACCUACGGAUCCAUCGGCCUUGGAGUGCUGUUUCUUGUGAUUCUACUCAUUGCCCUCAUUACAUUUAAACGUCGUCAUAGUUCCUCCAAGGAGCACAAGCGGUCUUUCCUGAUCAAUUUCAACCGCGAUCGAGGGGGACACGUACGACUAUUCAACGGAUCGCUCCAGGAUAACAGUCUGGCUGCCACCAAGACAACUAGUUUAAGUGGGCCUCCAUUUGAAUUCUUGUCAACAUUUGAACCGGGAUGGAGCCAGGAAGUUAACUCACUCUACGGUGCCGCAGCAGUCAUCUCCGGCGAGACUAACGAACCCCUCUACACGUCUAUGCUAAUUCCUGCUUCCCAGCUUCGUUUCCUCAGGUACAUCGGCUGCGGGGCCUUCGGGAAGGUGUGGGAGGGGCGGCUUCGUGUCCAGGCGGAGUCCACUGGUGAAGACGACCGAUUCGAGCGAGUAGCUCUCAAGGUUCGCAAUGUAAAGUCCUUGACAGAGGCAGAAUUCAAGCGUGAGGCUGCCCUGAUGCAGCGCUAUCAACACGAGAACAUCGUUAAGUUUUACGGCAUCUCAAUGGACUCGCCGAAUCACCAAUGCCUCGUGCUGGAGAUGAUGGAGCAGGGCAAUCUACGCGAGUACCUGCACAGAGCCAGACCCAGACUGACGCAGUCACAGGCCGAGCGCUUCUCACGACAGGAGCACACUGCGCGCAGCGACAGGUCCAGUCGACAGACUGAAACUACAGUUGCCACGACGGGUGAAAGUGUGUGCAGCGGAUCCACUGCCGUGGAACUCCAUGCAAUGCUUAGCAUUCCCGACCUGGUGAAAAUCAUGCGCGACAUCGCUAGAGGUUGUCAGUACCUUGAGGAGCAGCACUUUGUUCACCGGUAG